AUGUCGGUGGCGUGCGGCAUGGAGUGCGUGGUGAUGUUGGGCUGUAUGCGCUGGGUGUGGCGGCGCUGCACCUACAUCGGCGCCGACGACAGCGCCACGUGGACAUCCGCCACCCCCGUCGAGUUCGACCCCGUCCCCCGCAUCAGCCGCUUGAUCCUCGCCGUCUACGAGCCCGAUCUCCACCACCCCAACUUCAUCCCCACCAUCGGAUUCCGCCCCAACCCCGACUGGGUCGUCAAGCGCGUCACCUACGAGCAGACCCACGGCCACGCCCCGCCCUACCUCAUCUACGUCGACCACGACCACAAGGAGCUCGUCCUCGCGAUCCGCGGCCUCAAUUUGGUCAAAGAGAGCGACUACAAGCUCCUGCUCGACAACAAGCUCGGAAUGCAGAUGUUCGAUGGCGGGUACGUGCACCAUGGCCUGUUGAAGUCGGCGAUUUGGCUGCUCAACGAAGAAGGCGAGACUUUGAAGCGGCUGUGGCUCGAGAACGGCUCUAAUUACGACAUGGUGUUCGCCGGCCACUCUUUGGGGUCUGGUGUGGCGGCUCUGUUGACUGUGAUUGUGGUGAACCACAGGAACAGGCUGGGUGGGAUCCCCAGGAGCAAGGUCAGGUGCUACGCGCUCGCUCCGGCGCGUUGUAUGUCGUUGAAUUUGGCCGUCAAGUAUGCCGAUGUUAUAUACUCUGUGGUUUUGCAGGAUGAUUUCUUGCCAAGAACUGCCACCCCCUUGGAGGAUAUUUUCAAGUCAAUUUUUUGCUUGCCCUGCCUGUUAUUUUUGGUUUGUUUGAGAGAUACCUUCAUACCAGAAGGUAGAAAGCUUAGAGAUCCCAGAAGGCUUUAUGCACCCGGCCGGAUGUAUCAUAUUGUAGAGCGCAAAUUUUGCAGAUGUGGGAGGUAUCCUCCAGAAGUCCGAACUGCCAUUCCUGUUGAAGGGAGAUUCGAACAUAUUGUCUUGUCAUGUAACGCCACAUCUGAUCAUGGAAUUAUCUGGAUAGAAAGGGAAGCAGACAAGGCUUUACAAAGAAUGAAGGAAAGUAGUUCAGAGACCAUAACAACUGCUCCAAAAGUACAAAAACUAGAAAGGUUGCAGACCAUUGAAAAAGAACACAAAGAUGCAUUGGAAAGAGCUGUCAGUUUGAACAUACCUCAUGCGGUAACAUCCAACGAGGAAGCCGCCGAAGACCAAGAACCAGAGGGUCCAAAGAGUGAGACUGAGAGUAAAGACCCUUCGGACACAAAGUCAAAGUCCACUGGGGGAAGGGCGAAGUGGGAUGAUGUAGUUGAAAAGCUUUUCAAGAAAAAGGAGUCUGGGGAUGUACUGCUAAAUAGAGAUUCAACUGCCCCAGAAUAG